UAUCAUUGUGAAUGCGUGCAAUUAAAUCAAUGUGAUAAAGUAAAUCGCCACCAGUUUAAGUCAGUUUAAACAAUCUACUGAUAAAGUAAUUUUUAAAUAGUUUGAUGGUUUAUGGGUAAACUUCCGCUGGUAAACUCGUUCAUAUGUACAUACAGGAAAAUACUCGCAAUGCAUGUACUUUUAGUGAUUUUUGUCGUAAUAUAAUAAUAUAUGUAGAACGACAGUGUGCGUCGUGAAUCAUGGCGGAGGAGUGUGAGGUGAUGAAUGGCUUCCGGCUCGCCCAGAGGUCGUGCUUCCUAAGGAUCAACCUGGAUACGGUGUUAAGCAACCUGGAUGUGGUCAGGCAACGCAUCGGACACAACACCGGGAUCAUCGCCGUUGUCAAGGGCAACGCGUACGGUCACGGUAGCGUGAUGCUGUCACGCUUUCUGGAGCUACGCGCGGGGAUCACGUGCUUCGCCGUGGGUACGGCGAGCGAAGGGGUGGAGCUUAGAGAGGGCGGUGUGAAGGCAGAUGUUAUCAUACUAGGCGUGAGCAGUUGCUUUGAGAUACCAACCAUAAGAGCGCAUAGGCUGAUCCCAAGCAUUUCCUGUCUGAAGUUCUUGAAAGAAUGGGUUAAGCACCACAAUGAUGGCGGACAUUCAUCAAAUAAUGGGCUGAUCAAAAGCCAUGUGGGUAAAGUUGUGGUCGGGGUUGACACCGGAAUGCGGACAAGCGGAUGUAGCAUCGAGGAUCUCCCAGCCGUCAUGCAGUUGUGUGAGAGGCACGAGGUCCCCGUGCACAGCCUGAUGACUCACUUCGUGGACUCCUGGGAGGACCUUCAGCUCACACGUGACCAACUGCACGCGUUCCUCGAGGCUGUACAACCGUACAGGUCUCGAGGAGUCCCCGUGCAAGCGGCCAACACGUGCUCGGUGUUCAACGGUAUCGCGGCAGAGCUGGACUUCAUCCGAGUGGGCGUGGCCAUGUACGGACAACCACUGGAUUCGUCUUUGGCCAGUGUGGAGGUAAGUGAGGCCGCGGGUUUGAGACCAGCCCUAAGCAUGUACGCAUGCGCAACCAAGGUGAUCGAACUCCGUGCCGGACAGUCCAUAGGCUACAAUAGAGGAUACACGUGUCAACACGACGGUGAGACGUUCGCCAUUCUAUCGUUUGGCUUCGCAGACGGCUUCUCGAGGUGCUUUCGCACAGGUCAUGUGCGUACUCUGCAAGGAACAAUUUGCCCAAUUGUCGGACGGGUGAGCAUGGAUACGACUACCGUUAAAAUAUCAUCCAAAUCUGAAACAAUCUUCUGUGUUAUGAGUCACGAUUACAGCGACGUCAAUUCCUCUGCGACGUUGGCCAAAUUAGGCAAUACAACUACCACAGAAACAAUAAUUCGUCUGUCCAAACGUCUGCCGAGGCUUUACCUGUUUAACGGACAGAUGUUUGACAUAGAUACAGGUUUAUCGAAAUUGUUUACAGACUAGCGCCACAUUUUUAACGCUUGCAAUGUGUAUUAAUUUUAUGCACAUAUGAUUUAUUAUGUUUAAUAUAAGUGUUAAGCACUGUGUGUUGAAUAUAAAAUGUUAUUCUGUUUAACUUGUGAAUGUGAAAUGCUUAUUUUUAAAAAUACGUGUAAACUUUUAUGCGAUAAAUUUAACCCCGCCCUCA